CAUCAUAUUGUUCUCGGAAUCGAAAGGAACCGAAUAAACAUGGCAGCUUAACAACACAACAUAGUAAAAUGUUAGCAAUCAAAUAUUGUGGAUAAUGAACUACUGUUUUGCUAUUAUAGUUGUAUUUACUUGGUCGAUAAAGCAUUCUUCCUCUCUUAUAACAGAAGGAUCACUUAAAACUUCAAAGGAGAACUGGAAAUUCCUGACAAGGUUUUGCUAUCAUACAUCACAAGGAAGAGUUGAAUAUAGAUUUGAAUACCCUGCUAGUAAAUGUUGUCAAGAGGUUAUUCUAUAUUAUGACGAUCAAUGGCCUAAUGUAUACCCACAAGAAUCAAUGUCUUGUAAAGAAAAACAAGAUGUAACUGAUCCACGAAACUCACAAGUGCUCACCCUGAAAGCACCUUAUAAACUGAAGAAUUCACAAUGUGUAUUCAAAGACGAGGCGUCAACAAUUUCAUGUUCUGGGAAUCGAACCUUUUCAUCUGUGCGCGUAAGAUGGUGGUACCUUGUGAUUGCAAAUUGUCGUGCUGAGGAUUUAGAAAUAAAGUAUUAUCUUUCCAUGACAAAUGGAGAUACAAUAUGGACAAAACAUUUUUCAGCAGAUGAAAAAAAUAUAUUGCAGACAGAGAUAUUUUUUCUGGUAGCAUUUAUUAUGGUCAUAUCAUUAUCGCUUUUGGUAGCAUAUGAACUUGCAUCCCGACAACUUUUUCAUACAACUUAUAAAUUAUAUUUAUGGACAGUGUUCUUUGAACUGCUGUCAGUCAUAGUCAAUUUAGUUUAUUAUAUCAGUUAUGGACAGACGGGGAAACCACAACUGGCGGUAAAGAAUAUAGCACGUGCUUUUCACAGUGGGAGUGACAUUAUAUUUGUGGUAUUGUUAAUCCUCCUUGGUAAAGGGUGGACAGUUACAAGGGGGAGGAUAAGUGCAACUGGUCAAGUUAAAUUGUCACUGUUUUGCACAUUCUAUACAAUAGCUUAUAUUGCUCUCUUUAUAUAUGAAGCCAAGGCGUUUGAUCCUGGUGAAGUACUGUACUUGUACGAGAGUCCAGCUGGUGUGGGUAUCUGUAUAUUACGUGUCUUGGCAUGGGGCUGGUUUACUUAUGGGAUAUUUUUUACUCUAAAGAACUAUGUCGAGAAAAGACUCUUUUAUUAUCCAUUCUGGAUGUUUUACACACUGUGGUACUUGAGUGGUCCUGGAGUGGUGUUGUUAGCAACAUAUAUCAUUGACGCUUACAUGAGAGCCCAAAUCAUGAUAAUGGUCGACAGAUCAGUAGCCUUUGUCGCAUCUCUUUUCUUUUUGAUUCUCACGCGACCUUCCGCUGCCAACAAGAACUUCCCAUAUCACGUAAGAACGUCACAGAUUGGAAUCGUCGACGAUACAGAUUCUCCUCAAAAUUUUGACCAUCGAGCUUACGUUCCCUCGUUUGAGGAGGAAGAAACUAGAAGAAACGUUGCUGCACUGUUUUCUGUUAAUAACUUUCCUCAUGUUACUCUCAACGUCAACAACAAUGUUCCGACCAAUGCUGGGAAUUACAACAAUAUUCCGACAAGUACUGACAGUUAUAUCAACAAUACGCGGAAACCUGAUAAUAUGGGGCUUUGUAAUUUCGCUUACGAAGAAGAUAAAGCCAACACUAAAGAGAUUCCGUCGUACAAUGACAAUUUUGUGGCGGGAAAUGGACAUCCGUACGAUUUGUUAAACACAUCCAGCGAAUCGUCAUCAGAAAGAAAUUCAACGUCUUCGACUGGUUUUCCUAAACUCAACACGCAUAAGCCAAAUACAGUUAUUUAUAGAAGCGAGGAGGCACUCAGCUCGAUGUUUAUGGCUGCAAACACACACGUGUCAACUUCACACGAACAUGUGACCAGAGCGGCGCCUCAAGAUGAAACAAGUUAUCCAAAAAAGAAAGAAGACACUUUGGGUGCUCUCGCUUCUUCCAUACCUCCCGUUUUAUCAGAUACACAAUCCAGUAUGAGAAGUCCUACAGGGCAGCUGCCACCCUUGAAAAAAGGGAGUGCAAAACUGCCCCCUCUAAGAGGAUCCUUACCUAAGAAAGAAUCAAACGCGUAGUCGCGUAUUAUUCUAAAUGAUAGCGUACUGCUUUUUAUAGGUGUAAAAAAAUAACUUACUGUUUUUGAAUGUUUUUUUACAUAUGCGGACGAAUUUAUUUAAAGUAACGGACGUUUUAAUGGAUAAUUGCGUUUCCAUUCGCGUUUUCAAUCACAUACACUACCAGUUUUUAAAUUCCUCGACGAUAUAUAAAUCGUUUUAUAAUCUCUUUUUUCCUAUUUUCCUUGGUUAGUGCAAUAUGAAUGAUUUGCACCAAUUAUUCCUAUCCCACUUAACGAGUGUUUUUGCCUCUAAACAAUUUUCCCGUAUAAUAAUGUUUUAAACAAUUUGUACGCCAUUUUUGCAAUAACUUGUUACAGAUGUAUGUAAGCAGUUCUGUUCAUGUUUAGUUUUUAAAUGUCAGAAUAUAGUCUAAGCCUUGUCUUCAGGGUAUAUUGUCUUGUAUUAAAGCCAUUAGGGCUUACUUGACGACGCUGUCCAACAUCAAAGAAGGCAAGAGCCCCUAAAAACGAGGCUUAGUAUAAAGUUAUAAAUAUAUAAAUAGACGAAGUUAAAUUUUAAAUUUAAACAAUAUAUGAUUUUAACGACAACUAUAUAUAAAGAGAUGAGCACGCCAAUCUAAUUGGAAGCACGUAUUUUACAGAUUAUUACUCCUUUUUAUUAAUAAUAUAUACUUAUUAUAAUUCUUAUAUAUUAUAUAUUUAUGCUGUGUUUAAGGGGAACAAUAAUUUCACACACGUUUGAAUAUGUUUGGGUUUUUUACUAAUUAAAAAUUAAUCAAGAAGAAAAUUAUUGAAAUCACAAGCCAUAAUAAUAAAUUCUGUAUAAACAACUUUUACCGAGACCCAAAAACCUUUAUGAUUUUCACUUAAAUUUAAGGACAGCAAUAUACCUUCAAGUGUUCUUUUGAACAUGAUACCCAACAACAAGCAUGGACGGCCUGGGCAAAUCUAAGAAAUUUUCUCUACUUUUUUCAUCGUGAUCAUUUUUUCUGCUAUAGCUAUUGACGUAUUAUCUCCAGGAUCUAAUCUGUUAAGUUAGUUAAAUUGUGUUUUUGAAGUCAUGUUGUUAAAAGUAAGACCACAGGAUUUUUACGGUGAAUAUUGGACGCCCCGGGACAACUUUUUAAAUGUUUAUAUAUAUCUUAGAUAUACUUUCUCUUUGUUGUCACUCGGUUAUUCUUUUAAUUUUGAUUUUUUUUUUUUAAUAUUUUUCGCUUGUUGAAGUUAAGGCAGAUUAAAAACAAACCACGUCAGUUAAUACCUCCAUCAUUUGUACUUCGCAUAAAAUGUUUUGCGUCAACGUGUUAGUUUUGGAGUGUUAAUUAAAUUAAUAUCCGCGUAUGUCCAUUGUAUAUCCAUUGGGUUUAAAAUCGCAGCAAUAAACUGACCAAUUCUAAAUAAAUUCUUACUUUUUAAAUUUUAGUGAUUAAGGGUUCCUAAUUUUGUAAAAAAAAUUUUCAUUUUUUUUUUUGUUUAUUAUGGAACUUUUUAUACACUGCAUUGUGGCUUUUUGCUUUUUUUAUUGUCAAGAUUCUGAUAUCGUU